CGCCGUCAAGCUCGUGAGCGCCGAGACUAUCUUUAUCGGAGAGCGUUGCUUCUCCGCGAUGCCUCUAUCGCCGAAAAGCGAGCCCAGUUGAAGGCUUCGCUAGCUUCUGGAAAACCCCUUGAUCCUUCCAUCGCAAACGAUAAACAGCUUCGCGAAGAUUUCAAAUAUGACGAGUCUUUACCUACCACGGAUAAGAAAGAUAAGGAUGCGGAUAUGCUAGACCUUGACGAUGAAUAUGCCCUCACAUCCGGAAUUGUCGAUCCUCGUCCCAUUGUCACAACUUCUCGAAACCCGUCUGUCCGCUUAGGCGCAUUCGCAAAGGAAAUCCGUCUGCUUCUUCCAACAUCGAUUCGCCUGAACCGUGGUGGUCUUGUGCUCCCAGAUCUUGUAUCGAGUGCCAAUGCUGCGGCGUUGACAGAUAUGGUUCUCCUGCAUGAACAUCGAGGAACCCCCACGGCGAUGACCAUUUCUCACCUACCCCAUGGACCGACGGCUAGUUUCUCACUUCACAAUGUCGUUCUCCGUGCAGACAUCCCCAAUGCUGCCCGUGGGACCGUGUCGGAGAGCUACCCCCACCUUAUCUUUGAGGGAUUCAAGACCAAACUGGGCCUUCGGGUAGUGCAAAUUUUGAAGCAUCUCUUCCCUCCGCGCGAGGCUGGAAAGGUUGGCAACCGUGUCGUCAGCUUCGUGAACAGAGAGGACAGCAUCGAAGUGCGGCACCACGUGUUCGUGAAGACGAGUUAUCGGGACGUUGAACUGGCCGAAGUUGGUCCACGUAUGACCAUGAGGUUGUUCGAGAUCCGCGGCGGAUCCCUGGAGAAAGGUUCUAGUGGUGAUGUUGAAUGGGCUCUUACACAGUACACCAGGACUAGCAGGAAGAAGGAUUACCUGUGAGCCGGUUCGUUGGCGACGGCUGCAACGGUUUGGUGCGAUGUAUCUUUAUCUUACGAAGACACAAGAAAGUCUGUCUUGGCGCUUAAGGUGUUGGAAGGUUUAAAAAGGUUAGCAUUUAGCUGUUUAACAUCACUGUUUACUAUUGUAUACCCGUCUAGAGAAACAGAUACCUAGGUGUUCCGAAUGGAUGUCCG